UAAAUAUUGAAAUCCGUUGCUUGCCUCCUGCGACACGAAAACUGCAGUUUAUAUUUUGGAAGAACGUUGGCGCCGAACCUACGUCCUUUUGUAAGGCGCAUAAUUAAUGUAAAAGCAAUCACGACUGGAACGCCAAGUUUUCCGUUUUAUGUGCCACCGAAUUAUAAACGGAAAACAUAUAGUCCGAAAUGUCGAAAGACGAGAAAGAGUGCAUUAUUCCGGAUAUGAUAUUCGACGUAAACUCAGGGAAAAGUUAUAUCAAGGGUCGAUUUUUCGGAAAGGGUGGGUUUGCAAAAUGUUACGAGAUCAGAGAAUCGAAAUCACAUCGUGUAUUUGCGGGAAAGAUUGUGCCAAAGUCUCAAAUUGUUAAAAGCAAUCACAGAGAGAAGAUGACACAAGAGAUCUCCAUUCAUCAGACUUUAAAACAUAAAAACGUUGUUGGAUUUUUUGGUUUCUUUGAUGAUCCACAUAAUGUGUAUAUAAUUUUGGAAUUAUGUCGUAAAAGGUCAAUGAUGGAAUUGCACAAACGUAGAAAAGCUCUGACAGAAUGCGAGACUAGAUAUUACAUGAAACAAAUUUUAGAUGGUGUACAUUACUUGCAUCAAAAUAAAAUAAUUCAUAGAGAUUUGAAAUUAGGUAACUUAUUUUUAAAUGAUGAACUGCAAGUUAAGAUUGGUGAUUUUGGAUUGGCCACUAGAUUGGAGCACGACGGUGAACGGAAAAAGACUGUCUGUGGUACCCCUAAUUAUAUAGCACCAGAAAUUUUAACCAAGUCUGGUCAUUCCUAUGAAGUUGACAUAUGGAGUAUCGGAUGCAUUAUGUAUACUUUACUAGUAGGCACCCCUCCAUUUGAAACAUCUAGUUUAAGGGAAACCUAUGCUAGAAUUAAACAAGUUCAGUAUAACAUUCCCGUGCAUAUUAAUACAAUUGCUGUUAAUAUGAUAACUAAUAUGCUGCAAGGAAAUCCGUCCAAACGUCCUUCUAUAGGGAAGUUAAUAAAAGAUCCAUUCUUUACUUGUGGUUACAUGCCACAGAGUCUACCGUUAUCGUGUUUAACGAUGGCACCUCGACUAGACAUGUUAGAGAUGCACAAUCAACGUAAACCACUGACUGAGAUGAAUACUAACGUUGGUGGAGAGGGGCAGGACUUCGUAUUUAGAGUACCUAACAGUCCAGCACGCAAAACGAAGGCUGUAGAUGCAGUGAACGAAGUUCAGAAAACGAAUCAUGAUAUUAAAAAGAUGCUUCAGACGUUAAAAGAUCAGCUGCUUGGAGUAUUAAGGGCUAAACCAAGUAGAGAAAUGGCUGUGUCAGAAGAUGAAAUGACGGAUCCUGCUGCACAGCCUGUUAUUUGGAUAAGCAAAUGGGUUGACUAUUCGGAUAAAUAUGGUUUCGGGUAUCAACUUUCGGACGAUGGAGUUGGUGUAAUGUACAACGAUGGCACUCGGCUGAUAAUGUUAGCGAACUGUUUCAAUAUUCAUUAUAUAAAUCGUGAAGGGGACGAACUGUAUUACACUGUCAGUGAAUAUCCACCUGAGUUGGAAAAGAAGAUGAAACUGAUGAAUUUCUUCCUUAAAUACAUGAAGGAGCAUUUAAUGAAAGCUGGAAGUUCGUUUGCCGUAAAACCGAGCGAUGCUAUGUCUAGAAUACCUUAUAUGCAUCAGUGGUUUAGAACGCAGAAUGCUGUCGUUAUGCAGUUGACUAAUGGAACGGUUCAAAUAAACUUUUUGGAUCAUACAAAAAUUAUCAUGUGUCCGCUGAUGGCGGCCGUUACAUACAUAGACGGAGAAAAGAAUUUCAAGACGUACAGAUUCCAAACCAUACAAGAGAAUGGAUGCUGUAAAGGUUUAGCUAAAAAUUUGGCGUACGCUUACGAAAAACUACUAAUGAUGUUAUCAAGUCCGCAAACUCGAUAAUCAUUGCUAAAAAUUCGAUUAGUUAGGAGAAAAAAAACUCUACUUGUUACAGUAUAUUUUAGAAGUAUUACACUUUUUUUUUUAAUGAGGGUAAUGUCUUUAUACUCGGCAAAUAACAAAUAAACCUAAAUAGAUCUUUUAUUCUUAUUUUAUUUUGUAGAAACGUAUAGAAUUUUGCUAGGUGUAUUUAUUGUAACAAGCCAACAAAACAUCUAAGAAUCAUGCGAGUGGUUUAGUAGAAUUAUGCGACGAUCUUUUAACGUAACGGAAGAGACAGGGCUCUUCCGGCUUUCUUUUAUUACAGUAGACGAUUAAAUUAUGGUUAUAGUUGUUUGUGUAAUGACUCGUACUUUGACAUAAUUUUACGGAUAAACGGACAUAAAAUUUAAGUACUCUGCUAUGAUGUACAUUACUCCAUAUAAAUAUUAUUAAUGAUUUUAAAGAGCAAGAGCUUAUAUGGCGUUUUUGUCAUCAAUGCUUUAAUGGAGUAGUGCAAUUUAAUAUUUGUCUAUUUAUCAAUAUUCGAGAAAAAGAUACGCGAUCAGUCAUUUUCUGAGUCGUACAAAUUCGAAAAUAUUUUCGGUUUGUUUGCAUAUUCUUGAUUGACCAAAGUUCGGGUCCAGUAAUUUGUGUAAAAUAUGUGUACGCGAAUCGUGCAUCACUGAAACGUACUAAAAUUUAACAUUCUCUUGACCGUGCAGGGGGAUAAAAUAAAGAUUGAAAUAGAAUAAGAACGUCGGAACAAAUGACAAUAUAUAUAAGACUUAAAAAUUUAUACAUUAAAGACUAGCAAAUAAUAAUUACCAAUAAACAAAUGUACAUACAUAUAAACAUCCUGUAAUACUAUACAUGGAACAUCAUAUAAACAGUCAAUGUAUUAAGGUGAUUGUAACGAUAGUAUUAUUUUUGUAAGUAGCCCAUGCCAUUGUUUUGAAGAUGAAAUAAACUGUUUUUCGUAUGUAUGUAA